AUGACACCCCAGAUGCCCUUGAGAACUGAGCAAAGGGAACAGGAGAGAGUUUCUGGUCUGGGCAAAUCAGCUUCUAAGCAGUUUUCGGAGGAGGUGUUGCAGAGUCAUAACGAGUAUCGUAGGAAGCACCAGGCGCCCCCUCUAAAGCUGAGCAGCAAGCUGAGUAGAGAUGCCACUAGGUAUGCUGAGUCUCUGGCCAGCACACGGAUCCUGAAGCACAGUGUUGAGUCCAGUAAGGGGAGCUGUGGCGAGAACCUGGCCUGGGCCUCCUAUGACCAACCAGGGAAGGAUGUGGCCGACCGCUGGUAUGACGAGGUCAAACAAUACAACUUCAACCYCCCCGGCUUCUCCUCUGGCACAGGUCAUUUCACAGCAAUGGUGUGGAAGGGCAGUAAGAAGCUGGGUGUGGGGAAGGCCAGUGRGCCAGAUGGCUCGUCAUUUGUGGUAGCCAGGUACUUUCCAGCAGGGAACAUCACCAACCAGGGACACUUUGACAACAACGUCCUGCCGCCCAAGGACUGAGGAACAUACUGACCCAUCACCCCCAUCCCCCAGGAGCUGACCAUCCAAAAGACAUUUGCACUUUGACUUGUGUCCUUGACUUUAUAUACAGUGGCAAGAAAAAGUAUGUGAACCCUUUGGAAUUACCUGGAUUUCUGCAUAAAUUGGUUAUCAA